AUGAACUUUCCACAACCUAAAGUUACUUUAUUACCCUCCGGCCUCGAUCUCCAUGGCAAAACAGCUGUGGUCACCGGUGCUACUGCAGGAAUUGGCUUAGAAACAGCACGACAACUGCUCAAGCUCAAGAUCUCCAAUCUCAUUCUAGCCGUGCGAAAUGUAUCAAAGGGCGAAGAGUGCAAACAGGAGCUUCGGCAAUUCAACAUAACCGCGAAAAUCAUGAUUCUUGAACUCAAUACGGACGAUUAUAAAAGCGUUCAGAGCUUCGCCGCAGCAUUACAGCGAGAAAUUCCGGUGGUCGAUAUUCUGAUCCUCAACGCAGGUAUUGGACUUCUCAAGUUCGAGCGCAGCCCAAGUGGACACGAGCGCGUCACCCAAGUGAAUUAUCUUUCGAAUGUCCUUUUGAUUACUGCAUUGGUUCCGCACCUCACAGAAGAAAACCGGCUGUCCUGCUCGCGUCACCUGGACAAAAAGGCGCCCUUAAAGGCCGGUGAAUCGGUGCUUGAGCACAUGGACUCCAAGGAGUUCUUCCUUGCGAAUCAGAGGUACAACGACUCCAAGCUCCUUUGUGCGAUGUUCAUGUAUAGUCUUGCUCCGCGACUCGACAAAAGCAAGAUCGUUUUGAAUAUGGUCUGUCCAGGUCUAGUCAACACUAAUAUGACCGACGUCUUGCCGCUCCAUGUGCGCAUGGUCAUGGGCGUCGUCAAAACCCUUUUUGCGCGACCAGUUGAGGUCGGCGGGCGGCUUUUUAUUCAUGCGGCGGUGGUGGCAGGGCCAGAAUCUCAUGGAAGAUUUCUUGGGGAUAAGGAUAUUAUUGAACCGUCUCCAUACCUUCUGUCACCUGCAGGGCAAGCCGUGCAAAAAAGCCUGUGGGCAGAAACUAUCGCGGAAAUGGGAAGAUUGACUGAUUUACCACCUGAAUUCACUACAAAGGAAUAG